UGAAGCCAGAAAAUAUCUUGGUGGAUAACAACGGGCACAUCAAAAUCUGUGACUUCGGCCUCGCUGUUGAGGGAGUGUUCGGUGGAAAGAAGAUCAGCGGAUUGACAGGAACACCUGGAUACCGUGCACCGGAGGUCAGAAAUCUUUUCUAAUGUCAUUUAUACACAGAGGCAUUCAAAUCUUUGUGUCUUUUUCUUCUUUGGACAUCUUUGUAACUUUGAUAAUUUGUUCUCCUUUUUUUCUGAAGGUUUUGUCAUUGGAGAAGUACAAUGCUGGAGUGGACUGGUGGUCAUUCGGUGUCAUCAUGUACGAAAUGGCCACUGGCAGACAGCCAUUUGCCCCAUCACUGGUUUCUGCACAGGAGCUGUUUGAGAUAAGGGAGAAAAAGCUUGAAUACCCGCGUCACAUGAGCCAGGAAAUGCGGGACCUUCUGCCAAAGCUUCUGGAGAUGAACAAGACCAAACGUUUAGGAGCAAAUGGGAACAUCAGGGAGCACUCAUUCUAUGCCAGAGUCAACUGGAGCGAGCUGGAAAAUAGAAAAAUAAAGACACCUUUCCAGCCCAAAAUUCCACCAGCAGAUAAGUUACCAGUAAUUCAUCCAGGAUUCUGCGCUGAGACAUCUAAGAGAGCUAAAGUGGAAGGUUUCUCCGAUGUGGAUUCCAACUGGAAUUGGCAGAAGUAAAGUAUUUUCUGUGCUCAUGUGGAUU